UUUCAACCUGUCAUAAUCACGCAUGCAAACUUCGAUCAACAAGCUAUGGGCCUAUAAGUUCAGGAUAUAAACAAUCGUACAGUAACAAUUUUAGGUUUGCAAGGAUCGGCAACGAGUGUUGGUUGAUUACCCACUUAGACUUUCCAAGUUCAUGGAAUAAAUAAUGCGUCUGUCGGUGAUUUGUUUAAUUAACAUCAGCUAAGCAGUUUGUAAAAAAAUAGGAAUACGGCCAAAGAAUGGCCAUGGAGGGAGAACAAUUGCCAAUCAUCAAGACACGUUGUUGCAUGAGUCAUCAGAGAUCCGUCUGAUUUAAAAGUGAAUCAGCUUAUAAUUAUAAAAAUAGUUUCUGAAUCAGUCCAUGUUUUCAAUCAAGUUGCAUCCAAUGGGACUGAAGAAGGUCCAAAUAAUAUGGAGCCACGUGACAUCUCUGAAAUCUACAGAGAAAAGGACAGCAGUGAGGAGAAGAUUCUGACAAGGCCAUGCAGUAACUUGAAAGAUGAAGAUGCAGAUGGCCACACUGGAACAAGACCAUCGACUGCCUGGAAAUUAACUGCCUCCAAACUUCAUGAUGAUAGGACACCCUGUGCUUUCAAAGGAGACCAUACCGACGCUGAUGCCAAGGAAGGACUGGACUUUGGCUGCUGCAAACGGCAUGAUGGUCAGUGGAAGAAGUUCUUCUGCAGAGACUGUGAUGUGUUCAUCUGUGCAUCGUGUGUGAUCUUGGAGCAUGAGAAGCAGGGUCAUACAUGGAUCAGUGCGUCUGAAGCUGUAGGUCAGAUACAGAGAGAGGCGGAGGACAUCCUGCUCAAAGCAGAGGUGAAGCUGGAUACAGUUGGUGACGCCAUUACUCAGCUUGAGAAGAAGAUUGAAGAGGUACCCCUUCAUACACAGGCUCUCAAGGAAAGUGUUACAGCAGCUUGUGAUGAUGCAAUCAAGUAUUUCACGCAAUAUCUGCAAUCGAAACGUUCCCUGCUGCUAGAAAGAAUCAAGACCCUGGAGAAAUCCGGCAUUGAUAAUCUAGAAUCAUCAAGAAAGGAAGGAUUGGAGAUUCAGGCCAAACUUGCAAGGAUAACCAUGUCUGAAUCAAAGGUAAUAGCUGAAAGGAAUCCAGGAGAUAUCUUGAAGUGGAAAAGCAAUCUUGAGGAAUCUUUGAAGGCUAUUCAGGUGCAGAGCUGGUGUAAACAGAAUGCCCAUGUAAAGGUUGGUGCCCUAGAUCCAGAACUCAAGUUUGUCAAAAGAACUCAGGAAACUCAUCAGUGUUGGUGCCAUGUUGGCAGGCUAGUGCAACCAGGAAGAUGGAUAAUGGUGCGAACAGUUAAAGUUCAGAGGCAGUUGGGUGAUCUGGUAACAGCAAUUGCCACAAUGAAAGAUGGUUCAGUGGCACUGGGAUACCAGAUAAGUGGGGUAUGCAUUGUAGAUCCUGCAGGUCAUCAAAGGCACGUUUUCCAAGAUGUAGGACAUGUUAUAGACAUCUCAGUCAUGAGCAGACACAAACUAGCCAUGUUAGAUGCUAAUGGUGUCAUCAAGGUUGUGGAUUUGUCAGGUCAGGUGACAACAAAUGAAUUCCCUCAAGGUUCUCACCAUUUCAAGUGUCUCUCUGCUUCUACAGAAGGUGCAUUAUUCACGGGAUCCAUCUCUGAGAACACUAUCCACAUCCUGGGAGGUGACCAAUCCCGUGAUAUCCUAGCAAUGCCAAUGUCGCCACUGAAGAUUGCUGUCUCAGCCAACCACAUUGCCAUCUUGCACCAACCUGCAAGCAUCACAAUACUGGACAUGGAUGGCAUAGAACAGAGUGUCAUCCGCGAAGACCAGUGGGCUUAUGCUUCAGUGUGCUCAUCAGGAAUGGGAGACUUCUUUGUCCUCUCUGCUGACAAAUCCAACCCAAAGUCACUAAAGAUUGGCCGAUAUGGCUUUGAUGGGACAAUGGUAGAAACUGUCAUUAGUAACUAUCGCAUAUCUACAUUAGGAUGGUUGAACCCUAGAAUAAGUGCUUCAUCUGGUAAGAUCAUGGUUUGUAUCGAGGAUGAGCUCAUUACCUUUGAACGAGAAAUGGAUACAUUGGAAUAGUGUCACCUCUAUUUCAAAUGGUCCUUUAUAAAGCACCUUAGUAAUAACAAUGUAGGCUGCAUCUUUCACCAGAAGCACUCCUCUGCAUCUUCCCCUCUCCCUUCAUAUUGCAGCCUAGACAAAAUAACUGGGAAUUAGCAGGACAAGGUCAUUGGAUGACUUCAAGCUUGUUAUUGGUGCUGGUGUCGGAAGCACAAUGCAGAUUGCGUCCAAUAGCACCAGCACAUAAAAUCUGAGUUUACAAAAAUGAUCCACAUCACAUUAUUGAUGGUUCAACACCUAGUGAGUGAGAUUCACCACAAGAUCAACAUCAUGGUGCAGGUUUAUGUCAGCUCCAAGACUCGGGACGACACAGCUGUUCCAGUUCACCACUUAUCAACAAACACCUCCCGGCUGUUCUCCAAUAGCACCAAGACAUAAGAUCUGAGUUUACAAAAAUGAUCCACAUCACAUUAUUGAUGGUUCAACACCUAGUGAGUGAGAUUCACCCCAAGACCAACAUCAUGGUGCAAGUUUUCAUCAGCUCCUAAACUCGGGACGAAACUGCUGUUCCAGUACACCACUUUUCGACAUAGACCUCCCAGCUGUUCUUUGUCAUUUGACGGACAUUUUUCAAUACAUUUACUGUGUUCCUAAAUCCAUUGUACAUCGGAGAAGUGAAAACUCCUUAACCUCUUGGUCUUUGCCUCGGGGAUCAUCGUCUUGGUCUCAUUUGAGACUAAAUCAGACACAACACUGUAAACCAGCAACUACAUGUAAUGCAUCCAAGUACCAUUUUGUAUUAAUUUUAUUGUUGCAUACCAGUAUAUGUCUAGAACGUUGGAAAUAUUUUCAUGUUCUGAUAUUCUUAAACAAAGAGGAUGCAAGUGCAUUGAAAUUGCCAAAAUAAACCCUAAAAAAUGUCAUGUGUCAAAGCAAACAUACAAUAUACAUAUUUAUGGUUGAGCGAAAUAUAAUGUAUAUCGUUGAUUGGGACUUUGCUGGGAUUUAGCUUCAUCUUGCAAGUGUUUCAACAAGCAACUUGACAGUGAUUUUCACAGAUGAAUCUGCUCUGAGCCAAUCAGAUGCAAGGAUUUCAGUAGCUUAUAACAACUAGUCAGUGAAAAUCACAAUUUGUUUCAUAAAAUGAUCCCCAAGACAAGACCUUGUAACUUUAAUUUUGUUUAAACAUAGAACGCCAUACUUUGAUACAUUUUUAAAAAUAAAUCUCAAUGAGAAUAUA